GUCGUUAAGUAGAAGUAGUCAUCGAAAGUAUAACAUUAAGUGGAGCAUAACAUUUCUGAAACCAACUUUAAACUUAAGAAAAAUAAAUAAAUAAAGAAAUUAAAAAAUACAUACCUGAAAUAUUCUUCGUUAUGUGAAGGGAGAAAAAUUACUAUAAAAAUAAAUGUUAGAUUAAAUGGAAAGACGAUAACAAAGCAUAUCAUUUACUUAAAAGUGAAGUGACCUUCAUUAAGGUUAAUACUAAUUAUUGUACAUCUUGAUACACCAAUAUAUGUAUUUAAAAACAAAUUUUAAAACAUUGAAAAUAUCAAUAACCGUUUUACUAUUGUUCGCAUUAAUAAGAAAGCCCACGGACAGUUGGGCACAAGCCAAUAUUGCUGAUGUUGUUAUAUUAAACGAUUUACUAAAUUGGGAGCAUGUAAACAGAACGUGUUUGGCACGAGAUUGUGAUGAGCACGUGAAUUUAAAGCAGUUGCAGCAAAUCAACACAUACAUGAAUGAUGAGGCUGACCCGUGUGAAGAUUUUCACAAGUACGCUUGUGAGCAUUGGAAAAUAGAACAUCCAAACGAGAUGACCAUGGCCGCAGUUGCCUAUAAACAAAUCACAAAAAAACUUUUGGAAAUAUUUGAGGAUAAUAAAUCAGAAUUUAAAGCCGAAUUACAAAACAAUGCAAUAUACCGGAAACUGAACGACUAUUAUAAGGUGUGUAAAGAAAACGAACAACAAAACUCGUCGAUAUUAUGGUUGUACUUGAACGAGUUGAACGAGAUGGGUUUUCUAAGGCCUUCGGAAAAUCCUAGCUGGUUACAGACCUACAAGGAAUUACAGCUACUUAUGGAUAAUCCUUAUUUUUGGCGGUUCUCUAUGGAGAAGUUGACAAAAUCGAAAUAUAUUUUAACCAUUGACAAACCUGAAAAUCUAAACGAAACAAACAUUACGAUCGAUUUAUAUGAAACUUUAAAAAAUUUCACUACUCUUUCUUUGGAAGAAUUGCAAACAAAAUUUCUUUCUUUAGAAAAUAGAAUAAAUGAGAUUAUUGAUGCGGAUUGCGCCAGUAAGUGUGUUCCAGCCGAAACACUUACUUAUGAAGAACUUUUGCAAAAACAAACCUCAAUUAAUUGGGCAGAUGUGUUAAGUAAUUUCCAGUUGCAGUCCAAGGAUAACGUAACAGCUGACAGCAUUGAGACGUUGGAAAAUUUAUUUGCUUAUCUAAAUCGACAAGAUUCUCAUUUACUGUAUGUUUAUAACUUAUUUAAGUUUCUGAGUCAUUUGGAAUCUGAUAAAUUGAACUUCUUGGACAACGUACAUAGUCCUUACAAAUGUGUCCAUCAUAUGCGUAAAAUAUUUGAUUUACCUAUGAAUUAUUUAUACGAGAAAGUUUUCUAUAGCAAGAUACGAACAGAAAGCGAUCAAUUGAUCAAGAACGUUUUUGAGGAAUUAAAACAAACGUUUGCCGAAAUUGUCGAAGAAAACCAACUAAAAUUUGCAGACAGAAAUAAGAAAUAUCUCAUGAGCAAAUUGAAUGGGGUUUCUUUAAAUAUAGGAAACUUACCUGCAAAUGUUUCUGAUGAUUUUUACCAAAAUUAUUUGCAAGAUUAUCAAGCAACAAACAAUUUCUAUCUUAAUCAUCUUUUGGCUUUGAAGCAUUAUUAUACUCAACAACUUUCACUGGGUUCCUCCUUAAAUGACAACGCUCCUUGGUUUUCAUUUGAAUCCCUCGAUCCUUUUGUGCUGGACAGUAUUUCGACGGCUACCUAUUUCUCUGUAACGAAUAUGAUUACAUUACCAUUUACUUAUCUGCAAGUACCCUUUUAUUCCCCUCAAUUUUGGCCCCCUUUGCUCUAUGGGGAUUUGGCAACUACUAUGGGUCAUGAAUUAAUCCAUGCGUUCGAUCCCGGUAGUUUGGUUUACGACAGUGGUGGUAAGCUGGCUGAAAUGGAAUUCAAAUUAAUAUCCAAAAACUGGCAUUACAAGAAUGCUAUAAAAUGUUUGAACCAUAAACCUACUGAAUUCUUAGACGAGCGUGUAGCUGACGUUAGUGGUAGCCGAUUGGCUUUAUUAACUUUUAAACGAAAAUAUUUUUUUUCGCCAAGUAAUGCCAAAAUGUUUUUUUUACAAUACGCUCAGUUCUUUUGCGGUAACGCUGACAAUUUUGGUGAAUUUCAUGCUCAGGAUUCGACUCAUGAUAUAGACGGCGUUCGCUUAAAUUACACUCUAUCGCAUUCAUCUGAGUUCGCAGAAAUUUUUGGUUGUCCGACGGAUAGUCCUAUGAAUCCGAGAACUAAGUGUCAGCUAUGGUAAUGGAUUUAAAAAGCUGCAAGCGUUCAUUUAGUUUUAUUAUUAUUCUCUUUGAAAACAUGUCAAACAAUGACAUCCUAACCAAACAUCCAUUGAAGGAUUCUAAUUAAGUUUUUUUUUCUUUUUUUUAUUGUGCUCUCAUUUACUCAACACAUGACCACACACGCAAAAUAGGUAUAUAAACUUUUUGUUGCUCGUGUUGGAAGUCGUUUAAAAUUCUACGUGACUGAUUGUUGUUGGUUAUGGCGUUGUUGUUACGUUUAAAGGGUCGGUCAAAUAUUUUAUAAAUGAUUAAUUAGAACGAGAGUUAAUUAAAAGGGUCGGUAACAGACAACAGCGAUGUUUCAAACUCAAAAGAGGCUUGCUGCCCAUUUUAUAUAUUGAAAUAUUAAAAAUUUAUUAACAAACCGAAAAAGAAGCAUUAGUAACA